AUGGUCGGGCUCGCUUCGGCCGCCGGUCUUGUUGGCUUCCUUUCUGAGCCUGAUCCGGAGUUGCGAGUGUUUGCUCUGAAGACUCUCGAUUCCCAGAUCGACCUCCUCUGGACAGAAGUUGUCGAUGCAAUUCCCCAAAUAGAGGCGUUGUACGAGGAUGAGUCGUUUCCGGAACGGGAACUCGCCGCCUUAGUCGCGGCAAAGGUUUACUACAACCUCCAAGAAUACAAUGAAAGUAUGGUCUUCGCUCUCGGGGCCGGGAAACUUUUCAAGUUGGAGAACGGUGGCGAGUUCGAGGAGACAAUCAUCGCAAAAUGUAUCGAUACUUUCAUCUCUCUCUCCGCUGCCCAACGCCCCGCAGCUGGCGAUCAGCCUGCCAACCUGAAUACCGCGUUCCCUACAUCCGGUGAAGGAGCCACAAGUACUUCCGCCAGCUUAACGUCUCCCAUAACGCCAUUCUCGCAGUCCGCUCUGCCUUCGAAAUCGUUGCUCUCUCGGCAAGAGCUUCCAGGCAUGGAUGCUGCCCAUCCGGGAGGGGAAGAUAUUACUGUAAAACACGACGAGACUUCCCUCGUCUUGAAGAGUGGGGUUCAGGGCCAACUACAAGCCGUUGUUGAACGCUUGUUUGAGCAAUGUUUCCUGCAGAAGCGCUAUCGCCAAGUGAUUGGAAUCGCUAUCGAGGCCAAAAACCUGGAUGUGCUACGCAAGACCAUUAUUCGCGCAAGUGAGGACGAAAAGAAGCAGCACGGCGAGUCCAGACGUAGCGAAGAGCUCAUGGAGUAUGUACUGGAUAUUUGCAUGGGCAUUGUUCAGGAGCGUGCAUUCCGUAAUGAGAUCCUGAAGCUUAUUCUUGAUCUCUUGAACGAAAUUCCCGCUCCGGACUACUUCUCCAUCGCCAAGUGUGUUGUCUUUCUGAACGAGCAUUCAAUGGCCUCUGUUAUUCUUCGCCAGUUAGUGGAGAAGGGGGAUGCACGGUCGCUUGCUGUGGCCUACCAAAUUUCCUUCGACCUCUACGACAACAGCACGCAAGAAUUUCUGAAGAAGGUCCGCGAAGAGAUUGCGGAGCUUGUACCGGAUCAGAGUGAAGCAGAAAAGAAGACUGAUGAUCAAGACGAUGAACCUAAGGAGUCCGACCCUCUGCUGCAGGACCAGGAGCAAUCACGGUCACUCGGAGGCAAUGAUUCCAAUGAGAAGAUGUCAGACGAAGCACGUACAGCGUUCAAGAACAUCCUUGACAUUCUUGACGGCAUAAAAUCGAUCCAGCUCAACUUGGAGUUUCUUUACCGAAAUAACAAGGCCGACAUUGCCAUCUUGAACAAAGUGCGAGACAGUUUGGAAGCGCGCAACUCCAUCUUCCACACAGCAGUCACCCUCUCUAACGCGUUUAUGCAUGCUGGCACCACCCACGACAAGUUUUUCCGAGACAAUUUGGAAUGGCUCGGCAAGGCUGUGAACUGGUCCAAGUUCACAGCCACCGCCGCGCUCGGUGUCAUUCACCGUGGCAACCUCAGCCAAGGUCAGAAGCUCCUGCAGCCAUACCUUCCGAGGGAACAUAUUGCGGGUGUCGGUGGUUCGGGCUCUGUCUACAGCCAGGGUGGAUCGCUGUACGCCUUUGGCUUGAUCUAUGCCAACCACGGUGGAAUGGCGGUUGAUCUAAUCCGUGAUCACUUCAAGAAGGCUACUGAGGAGGUCGUCCAGCAUGGUGGAGCUCUGGGCCUGGGUGUUGCGGGCAUGGCUACCGGUGAUGAGGGCAUCUACGAGGAUCUGCGGAACGUCCUCUACACAGAUUCGGCGCUCAACGGUGAGGCUGUCGGUCUUGCCAUGGGCUUGGUUAUGCUGGGUACUGGCAACAUGAGAGCUCUCGAGGACAUGAUCCAGUAUGCUCACGAUACGCAACAUGAGAAGAUCGUUCGCGGUUUGGCUAUGGGAAUGGCCUUGAUCAUGUACGGCCGUGAGGAGGCUGCUGACGAAUUGAUCAAUGGUCUCCUGGGCGAUCCUGAUCCGACCCUCCGCUAUGGUGGUAUCAUGACCAUCGCUCUGGCCUACUGCGGUACUGGUAGCAACAAGGCCGUCCGCAAGCUUCUGCACGUCGCCGUCAGCGAUGUCAAUGAUGACGUCCGCCGUGUCGCUGUUCUCAGCUUGGGCUUUAUCUUGUUCAGGAAAUACCAGAGCGUGCCCCGUAUGGUUGAGCUGUUGUCCGAGUCCUACAACCCGCAUGUGAGAUAUGGUGCUGCAAUGGCGCUGGGUAUCUCGUGCGCUGGUACUGGGCUGGAUGAGGCUAUUGACCUGUUAGAACCCAUGCUGAAAGAUUCUACCGAUUUUGUCAGACAGGGUGCUUUGAUCGCCUUGGCCAUGGUCCUGGUGCAGCAGAAUGAGGCUAUGAAUCCUCGUGUUAGCAGCCUCCGUAAAGCUAUGAUGAAGAUGAUUGGAGACAGGCAUGAGGAUGCCAUGGCCAAGUUUGGCUGCGCUGUGGCCCUCGGUAUUAUUGAUGCUGGUGGCCGAAACUGCACCAUCAGCCUUCAGACACAGACAGGCAACCUCAACAUGCCUGGCAUCGUUGGCGCAGCUGUCUUCAUCCAGUACUGGUACUGGUUCCCGCUUACUCACUUCCUAUCUCUCAGUUUCACCCCGACGGCCGUGGUCGGAGUGGAUCAGAAGCUUGAGGUUCCUUUCUUCAAGUUCCACAGCAACACAAGGCCCAGCCUCUUUGACUACCCCCCGGAGCAACAGGUCAAGGCUGAGGAAGCGCCAGAGAAGGUGAAGACGGCCGUUCUUUCCACUACUGCUCAAGCCAAGCGCCGGGCGCAGCGCCGGGAGAAGCAACAGCGCCGAGAAAGCAUGGACGUUGACCAGACCCCCACGACACCUAAGGUAUCAGAUCAACUGCCGGAGAAGAUGGAGACCGAUGAAGGUGCGGAGAAGGAAGAAGAAGCCAAGGAGGGAGAGAAGGGCGCUGGUGAAGGUCCGAAGAAGAAGGCUGAGCGCGAGAAGGUCGGAUAUGAACUCGAGAACAUGUCCAGAGUUCUCCCUGCUCUGCUUAAGUACCUCACAUUCCCUGACCCGCGGUACGAGCCAGUAAAACGGCCUACCGGUGGAGUUGUUGUGGUGCUGGAUAAGAACCCCGAGGAGCCGCGCGAGACGAUUGAGAUGAAAGCAAGCAAGGAAGUUAAGGCUCCUGCCGCCACUGCAGAAUCACUGCAGGACCGGCUGCAAGCCGCCAUUGGCGCGGCGGCCCUCCAGACGCCUCAGCGUGGUGCUGGUCGGACACCUCUGGGUGCCGAUCCCACCGCCGCUGCAGGCGCCGCUGCCGCUGCCGGUGUUCUGACGGCUGUCGAUGAGGAUGAAGACGAUGGCGAAGAAGCGCCAGUGCCGGACGAAUUCAACUACGAAACCGACGAAGCCGAGGACUAA